UGUUUUGAGGUGAUGGCGGCAGGGCUGUGGGCAGGUCCCUCUCAGCAGGUUUAUGCCAUGAGUGAGGAUCUCUGCCUUGGGGGGAGCUGGGCCCCACCCAGCCCCCAAAAGCCUUGAACAGCUUUGUUCCCAUCACUGAAUGUCCCUGGUAAUGGGGACCAGGGACCAGCCCUGUGUCUUGGUGUGGGGCUGCUCCUGCCCCCAUCACCCCCUCCCGCCUUUGGGACACAUGCAAGGGUGCGUCUGUGAGCAGCCAUCCCCCAAACACCAUUAAAAGGCUGAGAGGGGAUUAUUAUCCUUGUCAGGACAAAACUCUCUUAGACUGGAUCUAAACCCCCAGUUCUGGUGGCAGGUGCUGCUGCUGCAAGGUAGCGGUGCUGGGAGAGCGGUUCUGGUGCAGCGGAACUGUGAGUGGCUGCACCCGCCUGCGUGGAUGGUUUUGCACCUCGGAGUUGGGGAUGUGCAACCAGCAAGAGCUGCUGAAAUGGGGUGGCUCAUCCUGGAGCUCUGUGCAGCGACAGAGUUGGAGCUGGGUAGGUUUGCACGGCACUUGCUGCUCGCUUGCCUGCCUCUGUGUCACUCCCAGGGGUGCUGCAGCCUUAACGGGUGCUGAAAACGCUCAGGAGAGCUGGAUGUGCACCCAGAGCCAUCGGACCCUGGGGAGGCUCAGACUUUCUUCUUCUCCCCACCAAGAAUUCGUCAUCCCUGCCCUGAGGGUGCUCAGUGGCCCCCAGGCAAUGCGCCUGGGGGUGAGAUGUGAAGGCACAGGGAUGUGGGUGCUGCGCUGAGGGUGGCCCCAGUUGCAGUGCAGCCCCUCGGGGCACGGCACAGCCGCUUCCCAUGGGUCUGGCUGAAGCUGCUCGGCCUCAUGCUGCCCUGGUGCUCACCGGAGCUGGCUGCGCCAUGCAGCAGGCAGGCAGGAAGCCACGUGCCUUCCUUCGGCAGCUUUGCCUCUCCAUCGAUGCAGGCAAAGAGAUUAAAAACAAAAACAAGGUGCUCAGCAAAACCCACUGCAGGCUGAAGACGUUAAAGCUGGAAGGCAGCUCAGGCGCUCGUGCUGCUUCGUCAGUCUCACACUCGAUGCCAAACCACAGCCGCUCGAGAUAGAGGAGCAGCCCCGGCAGCUGCUCCCAUCCCCCUGCCAGAUAAGGGCCCCGAUAGACAAUGUCGUGGGGCUGCUGGUCCCCGUGCUGUCACACUCCUCCUGCUCCCCUUGCUCUGCCCCAGCCACAUCCUUCCCCUGCUCUCUGUCUCCAUCACCCCAUCCCAGGGCCACAUCCCUCCUGUACCACCCGAAUCCCUGUGGAGCUGCUUUGGGGCUGCUCUGGCCUCGUGCAGGAUCAUCAUGUCAUUGUGGAACCAAAGCUGCAUCACUCCAGGAGCAAAAUGGACCCUGCGCUGCCUGUGGGGUUGUGAUGUGGGUACCACUGUGCUGCUUUCUGUGUGGAAAGGCAGGCUCAGCACACCACGAGGCUGCCCCUGUGCCAGGGACACUUCUGCUCUCACUGAGCUGGGGGUGGCCAAAGCAUUUCCCAAAUCUGCCCCAACAGCAGCAGAAAAGUGCCGUGUGUAGGGCUGCCCGCUUGCCUGGGAUUCCUAUGCUGCCCACAGGGCUCAGCAGAGCCAGACUCACACUUAAAUGAGAGAAAACUGCCCAGUCCUCGGGGCGAUGGAAAAUGUGCCCAGAGCCCUGGCUGGAGGCUCAGAAACUGCGUGGUGAAUGAAGGAUCCAUCCUGGAGCAUCACUUGGAGUCUUGUGGUCCGGCCAGGAAGACUGGAGCCAGUGUCGGAGCAAGAGGAACAGGCUCCGCUCCCCUUCAGCGGCCGGAGGCUGCCGGCGGGAGACGAGGGCUGGCUGUUGCACCCCGGGGAGCCGCUGUCACACCCCGGGGAGCCGCUGUCACCACCCGGGGAGCUGCUGGCGUCGCGGGCAGCGAUGCUGCGGGUGCUGGACGUGGGGCUGGAGCGGUGCCUGGCGCUGCACUCCGCAUACAUCCCCGUGCCGCGACACAGGAAGCUCUCGGGCAAGGCCGGCAUCGACGAGGUGAUGGCAGCCGCGGUGCUCACCAGCCUCUCCACCAGCCCGCUGGUGCUCGGACACCCGCCAGCCACCCCCGCCCCAGAGCCUGGCGGUGACGUCUGGAAGGAGGCGCCCGCCAUGUCCUCCAGCUGCAGCAGCAGCAGCAACACCAGCGGGGACUGGAGCUGGGACCCCCCCAGCGACCGCUCCACCCCCUCCACCCCCUCGCCCCCGCUCUCCAGCCACGUCCCCAGCGCCUUCCUGCCCGCCCCGCUGCCGGACGAGGGCCCCGACGAGCCCGACGGCAACCACUUCAUCUUCGGAGAGUCCAUCCCACGGAAGAGGAAGAACUCCACCAAGGUGAUGUUCAAGUGCUUGUGGAAGAGCUGCGGCAAAGUCCUCAGCAGCUCCUCAGGGAUGCAGAAGCACAUCCGAACCGUGCACCUUGGCCGCAAAGCUGACCUGGAGCAGAGCGACGGCGAGGAGGACUUCUACUACACGGAGCUGGACGUGGACGUGGACUCACUGACGGACGGGCUCUCCAGCCUGACACCCGUGUCACCCACCUCCUCGGUGCCACCCGCCUUCCCUGGCCCCGAGGUGCCAGUGCUGCCAAACCCCGACCCCGUGCUGGGUGCCCCCCCGGCUCCCCCCAGCCUCUGCCACGUCCACACCGACCACGCGUACCAGGGCUGCCCGGCGCCCCCGCGGCCACCAGUGCCCCCCGCCACAGCUGCCCCGCCACCCCCCAAACCGCCCUCCAUGCCCAGGAGGCCGCGGGGGGAGGCCAAGAAGUGCCGCAAGGUGUACGGCAUGGAGAACCGGGAGCUGUGGUGCACGGCGUGCCGCUGGAAGAAGGCCUGUCAGCGCUUCCUCGACUGAGGCGCCGCCGCCAUUUUGCACAUUUUGCACUCGAGGUGCCUUCGUGCCCCCGCCUGCCGCCACCACCAACCCGGGGCCCCCCCGGACUCAGGGAACGGCCCCCCCGAAAGCUUUAUGCACACAGCUAGCCACCCCCUGCCACCACGGAGCUUGCCCCCCCACUUUUUUUCCUUUGAAAAUAAGCUAAAUCUGUGUCCCGGCCCCCCAUGCUGGCACCGUGGCGGGGGCUGGCGGGGCGGCCGGCUGCUCCCCCGUCCCGUGCCAGGUUGGGGACCCCCCGGGGCCGGGGGUCCCAUCGCUCACAUAAGCUGUGCCUGCGGCCGGGGGGAGUCUCGGAAAAGGGGGUGUCCGUUCCUGCCCCCCCCAGGGGGACCCCAGUGCCCAGGGCAGAGGUGGCACCUGCCCCCCCGCCCCCCGAGGGGGUUUUUACUCUUUGUAUGUGUUUCUCUAUUUGCCGUACCGGCGGGGAUGCCCGGGAAGUGCCUGCAGGAACGCGCCCAUUUGCACUAAGCCAAACUGCACAAAGAGGUUUCUUUUUUUUUUUUUAAAAAGAAAAAAUUUUUCUUCGUUUUUUUUCCUUUUUUUUUUCCCUUCGUGUGUUUUUAUUUUUUAAAUAAAAUAUAUAAAAAUGUGUAUUUUUAAAUCUUGCCCAGGGCCUGAGAGCGCAGCAGCCCCGCACCGCGGCCGCGCCAUGCUCCAGCCCCAGCGGGGUUCUAAGGGGCUUUUUAUCUUCAUCUCCCUUUUUUUUCCCCAUGUAAACCCCUUUUUCCCCCAAACCUUUUAUCCCCUCUCUCCCCAUCACUCGCCUGCCCAGGCAGCAGCUCAGGACUGGGUUUGGUGGGUCCCGCCGCCCCCUCCUCUCCCUGCGCCCCAAGCGAGGACGAGUGGGAUGGGGACGGGGUGGGGGGGGCGAACGUGGCGCUGCCACCCAGGACUGUCCCAGGGUGGGUGGGUGUCCCCCCCCUCCGCAUCAGGGUCCCCCCCUCGCGGGGGGUCAAACCGCUUCGGCCCCAUGGGCUGGGACGGGCUGUGCCAGGCCGGGCCCCCGCUCGCCCCUGAGCCCCCGGGGACGCGAUGUGUCGGAUCCAGAAAAAGAAAAUAAAUAUUUGGAUUCUU